UUCUUUGUGGAAUUUGAGAGGGUUUUUUUAUGUUUUAUAAGUGAUUUUGAAGGUCUGUUCUGUUAACAGAAUACAUGUUGGUUGGCUCAUGGUGACAUGUAGUAGUCGGCAGUAGUAGAGAGAAUAAAUACAUUCAUAUUAUAAUCUAUACACAAUAUAUCGUAGUUGUACACACGGGCCUGUAUUAACAUCAGACUGUUUUAGUUUGGAAGUGUGCAUAAACUGAUAUAUGGGUCUGAUAUCAAAUUGUAAUAGAUGUGAAUCAGAUCCAACAGGAUGUGAGUAUUUUUGUGACUUCCUGUACAAGAAACUGCCCAGACUGAAGGCUGCUAGAAACUGUCCGAUUUGACCGGAGCUUUUGAGCAAGGCUUUUGACUUUCACGGUACGUGCGUGCGUAGAGCGUAGAGAGAAACAGCGGCAGUCUGACCAAUCACAGUUGCAGGAGUCUUCCUGUCAGUGACGAUACUCUGCGGAGCUAACAGGAUUGACAGCUAGUUUCUUCUUCCAUGCUUCGUGUGAACAUCAGAUAAAAGUAACCCUGAUGGCUUCUCGAGCAGGCCCGAGAGCAGCGGGCACAGAUGGCAGCGACUUUCAGCACCGGGAGAGAGUGGCUUCACAUUAUCAGAUGAGUGUUGCCUUGAAGUCCGAAAUCCGUAAACUCAACAUAGUUCAUCUUUUGAUCUGGGUGCUGAUAGCAGCUCAGGUGACCGUGAGCCAGCUGAGCCUGGUGUCCUACAAGGUUGUAGCCUCUCCAUACCAGUGGGAAUACCCCUACCUACUGAGCAUAGUCCCUACGGUGUUUUGCUUCUUAGCGUUGCCCCGCAACAACAUCAGCUACCUGGUCAUUUCCAUGAUCAGCGCCGGACUGUUCUGUGUGGCCCCGCUGAUCUACGGCUGCAUGGAGAUGUUCCCUGUGGCGCAACAGCUGUACCGGCACGGCAAGGCCUACCGCUUCAUCUUCGGCUUCUCCGCCGUGUCGGUCCUGUAUCUGGCAAUCGUCAUCGCCGUGCAGGUGCAUGGCUGGCAGAUCUACUACAGCAAGAAGCUGCUGGACCAGUGGUUCACGGGCACGCAGGAGAAGAAGAAGAAAUGAGUUCACCUUAAGCACGUGUCUUUGCGGACAAAGAGGACGCUCAACUGAGCAGUUGUAUCGCGGCAGCCAAGACCAAGAGACUCCAUAUAAAGUUGUAAUUUGACAAGUCGUGUAUCUUUUAAUGAGAAUGUCAUUGUUAAGACAACUGCAAAGGAAAAAAAGAAUGAGGGAAAAGUAACCAGUUGUAACAGCCCAAGGACAACGCUCAACCGAGCAGGUGCAUGGAGGCAGCGAACACCCAGAAAAGAGACUCCAAAUGCCAAUGGUUGUAAUUUGCCAUGUUUUGUAUCUUUAAUGUUGAAAGUGAGAAUGUCAUUUUUAAGACUGCAAACUGCAAAAGUACAAGAAAGUGAAAUAAAAAUAAAAGUGAAUAACGGAAA